GGACAGUUGUCAGUCCCUUAGUCUUCCUUACCCGCGCUACCGACCUCCCUUUCCCUUGUCUCCUUCUUCUUACAUUUCAUGGUGAAGCUCCUCAACCUCAAUCUCCGAUCCUCAUCCUCUAAACUCCUUUCACGCAACAUACUCAACAAACUCCCCCCUCCGAAAACACAACCCUUCUCUCAACGCACCACCACCACCACCAUCACCAUGUCCGUAAACCUCCGCAACCACGCCUUCGCUGGCAACCCGCUCCGAUCCCGGACCCCCAGCCGGGUCGACCCGUUUUCGCCCGCCGCCGCGCACGAGACCCUGAAGGCCCGAAUUCUGGACACCGCGAGCGGGUCCUCUCCGUGCGUGAAUUUCAAGGUGCUGCCUUUCAGGAACGGGCGGCCCCUGGCGGCUUCGUCCGGUAGCGACGCGUGGCGCCUGGGGUGGAUCGCGCUGGAGGAGGUGAAGGGGCUUCUAGGCGCGGACCUGAGCGCGGAGUCGUUUGUGUAUUUGGGUUCCGACGCGGACGAGGAUUCGGUGUACUGGGCGAUUGACGUGUCGCGGGAGAGUGGGUUGGUGGCGGAAUUGGGUGGCAUGAAGCUCUGCUUCGUCGAGCUUAGGACGCUCAUGGUGGCUACUGAUUGGGUGAAUUUUAAGGCCAUGGGAAACUUGGCUAUCGCCGGUCAUGCCAGGGCACUUCUAGAAUGGCAUAAUAUAGCACGAUUUUGUGGACAUUGUGGAGAGAAAACAGUCCCAAUGGAAGCUGGGAGGCGAAAACAGUGUUCAAAUGAAUGUUGCAAAAAAAGGAUAUAUCCACGAGUUGACCCGGUGGUCAUUAUGCUAGUAAUUGAUCGGGAGAAUGACCGUGCCCUUCUCAGCAAACAAUCCAGAUUUGUACCUAGAAUGUGGAGCUGCUUAGCGGGUUUUAUAGAGGUGGGGAUAGCAGUGUUGGUUGCAAUUGAGAGGGGUAUUAAAAUAAGCAUUUUUUUAAUAAGCUUCACUGUGAAGCUUAACCAACCAGGAGAAAGCUUGGAGGAGGCUGUGAGAAGAGAAACAUGGGAGGAGACUGGUAUUGAAGUGGGAGAAGUUGUAUAUCAUAGUUCUCAGCCAUGGCCAGUUGGACCAAAUAGCAUGCCAUGUCAGCUGAUGGUAGGGUUCUUUGCAUAUGCAAAAUCCCUAGAAAUAACUGUGGACAAAGAAGAGUUAGAAGAUGCUCAGUGGCACAGUAGAGAAGAUGUAAGAAAAGCUCUGACAUUUGCUGAAUACAAGAAAGCCCAACAAACUGCAGCAGCAAAGGUAGAACAAAUGUGCAAGGGAGUAGAGAAGACUCACAGCUUGGCUAAUGAUUUCAAUUUGGAAAGUGGUGAACUUGCUCCAAUGUUUGUUCCUGGACCCUUUGCAAUAGCUCAUCACCUUAUUUCCUCUUGGGCAUUCCCAGAUCAAAAUGUAAAUGGCAUUGAAUGCCAUUCAAAACAACCUAGUGGUUCUAUUUCAAGUUUGUAGGAGAGACUGAAAUUAUUUUUUUAGGUUAUAAAGCUUCUCUUAUUAUUGUUCUGUAUCAAUCGAAGUUGAAUGGUGGUGGGGGAGGGUUCGUGUGACUGAUGAGGUUUUCACAUCAAAUUACUGUGAAGAAUCUGCACACCUUGAAUUGGAGACAUCUACUUAUGAUUUUACAUUGUUUUUCAUACUAUACUCAUGUUCAUUAUUAUCAAUCAACAUAAGAUUGUCUGCAAUAUGAUGUAUUUUUAUUUGCUGGGUGUAGAAUGAAAAGUUGUGAAGUGGAAUUAUGGAAGUUUGACAUCAGGUAUGACUCUUGAGGAGUCGUGAAAACUUAA